AUGAGUAUUCAGGCCCCACCGAUAUCUGCUGAGCGGAACAGGCUUCAAGAGCAUAUGGAUUCGAUCAACGCCUUAUUGGUGAAAGUCAAUGAUCUUGAAGGAGAUUUCCCCUAUGUCAGAGCAAUGGUGACAGAGCGUUUGAAGAAGGUGCCUGAUGACGAUCUACAAAUGAAAAUGCAAUAUCUAGCAAGUAAUUGGAAUCCCACUGUCACAAAUGUCAAGGACAAAAAAGCUAUGAUAGCCAAAGUACUUGACCUUGUCAAGCAGUUCGAAGUUCUGGAAAAUUCACUCCGCAAUGGACUCACUCAGGAUGAGAAUGAGUUAGCUUCUGUUCUUGCCAAUGAAGACAGUAUGUCGUCUCAAAAUGCAUUGAAAUCCAUGGAAAAUGCGGCUGGUCGGCGAAUGGCUGAUGCGCACAGUCUCAAUGCACUUGCAACUCGCAUUAACGCGUUGGCUCCAGGACCUGAAGCUAAUAAGUUCCUUCGAAGCGCUGAGAAUUUCGCAAAUGACUGUGGUGCCCUUAGCAAACGAAUCAAUUUGGCUAUUGAAGCUGCUCAACGCAAGGUAACCAUG